AUGCAGUCUAAUAUUUCGCAACAUGGCAACACGCCCUCCGGCUGUCCUGGUGGGGAUCAACUCGAUAGCUCGGCCAGACAGUUCCAAUUCUACCAGGCUCCGUACCAGAAGACGUACAGGACGCCGAGGGCCUCGUUUACCCUAUUCCCGGACACCAUCAACGAGCCGUUAGCACCUCCUGGCUCUUUGGCGAUUCCAGUGGCCCCGCCGCUGCCGAGAUGUCUGGGUGGGACUGAUAAUUUCACAUUCAUGAAGCGCGGCGUUUGGUACUACACUCACCAUCCACAUGUACGCGCAAUCUGGCCUGAGGUGGAGGAUGAGAAGAAGGACGAUCGCACCAAUGCCGACUCCAUCCCCUCGACCAACGGAUCCAGCGACAACGACACCAUGGCCAAGUCAUUCCCACCCGGCCCCUUCUCCCAGCAUUUGGCCUGGUGCCUUUCUAACAGCUACCGAAAGCCCAACAUCACGGAUACACAGAAGCCAGGCCUCCAUGGCGCUCUCAACCGCAACCUCGAGAACGGCAUGGCCGGCGAGGAGACUCCGGUCGAUACUUCCGCCGUCCAAGCAAGGUCCAAGUACCACUUCCACCAUGAUGUCACAGCUCCUAUGGAACAACGCUUCGCAUGCGUCUGGGGUGCUCAGGUCGGUCUUCGUCUUCCGCGUCUGGGCCUCCGUGAAUUCCAGUUGCCGGUGAUUAUGGAGGAGGUGUCGGAGACGGUCACGGAGGAGGUGUCGGAGACGGUCGCGGAGGAGGCGGCGGAGCCGGUCACGGAGGAGGAGGCUCAAGAGGAAGCGGGAGGCAGUGGGGAGACUUCGAUGUUCAAAUUGACAAAGUCUUCGGCUUUUGACUUUAGCUUCCCCCGAUGA